AUGGAUUAUUAAGAAUUGUAUGAUUUGAGAAAGAAACUUUUAGAUUGGAAAAAGUUUCCAACAGAAACUAUUUGUAUAUUGAAAUAGUUAGAAUAAUCUCCACUUGAUUGGGAUAAUGUCAAUAAAUCAAAAAUAUAAAAAACUCUACAUACUCUUACAACCAUAGAUGAUGAAUAUGAUCCUAUAGUUAUAACGAUUAAAGCUAAAGCUUCAGCUUUACAAGAUCGCUUUAAAAGACUUUCUUAAGCUAAAACUAUUGAAAGAACAUGCUAAGAACAAUAAAAGUAAGCCAUUAACGAAAUCAAAGUCUAAAAGCAAAAUAGUGUAUAGAGCAAUUAAAGCAGCAAAUCAUUACCUGAUAUAGAUCUUUUUAAUAAUUAUCGAAUACCAUAUCCAGCAUAUGUUGAUAGACUCAAAUAUUUAAAUGGAAUAAGCAAAAUGUUUAUUUCAAAUAUUUUGACUUUCAAAAAGGACAAUGAUUUAAAUGAUUCAGAUUAUUAGACUAUUAAAGAAUGUGUAGAAAUUAUGGAAAAAACCAUAUAUCAUAAAAGAGGAUAAGAACCAAGUUCUAGGAAAGCAUAUGAAUAAGAUUUGAGAAUUUUAGCGGGCUUUUUAAAGAAAGAUAAAAAUGGUUCCCUAACCUAUAGGAUUUUUACAAAGGCUUUUGAUCCUAUAUCUGCAGCAUAAUUAAGGUAUUAAUAUAAUUAAGAAAACAGGGCUGCUGAUUGGGUUGAUGAUGAAACUAAAUAAGAAUAAGCUAGAAUUAUUAAAGAGAAAAUGGAAGCAGAAUAAAUUGGUUUUUAUAAGGAUUUAAGCAAAAGAGAAAUGGAAGGAAUUGAAGGAAAAACUUGCAAAGGAUGUGGACAAAAAAAAGUUUAUCUUGUUGAUGAGAAAUAAACUCGAGCAUCAGAUGAACCAACAACUAAAUUCUUUGAAUGUUACAAUUGUGGAGAUAAAUUUAGAAUUUGUUGA